GCAGCUGCUGUGCUGACUCAUGUGCCCCAGCAGCCAGCAGGAGCUGGGAGCAUGGGCUCCCUAGGGGCCUUGGCCGCCUGGGGGCUUCUGGAUUACAAGACUGAGAAGUAUGUGAUGACCAGGAACUGGCGGGUGGGCGUCCUGCAGAGGCUGCUGCAGCUUGGGGUCGUGGUCUACGUGGUCGGGUGGGCCCUCGUCACCAACAAAGGCUACCAGGUACAGGACGUGGACCCCCAGAUUUCUGUUAUCACCAAACUCAAAGGGGUUUCUGUGACCCAGAUCAAGGAACUGGGGAAUCGGCUGUGGGACGCGGCUGACUUCAUGAAGCCAGCACAGGGAGAAAAUGUGUUCUUCUUGGUGACCAACUUCCUUGUGACACCACAACAAGUUCAGGGCAAGUGCCCAGAGCACCCAUCCAUCCCACUGGCCAGCUGCUGGGCCCAUGAAGACUGUCCUGAAGGGGAGACGGGGACACACAGCCAUGGCAUUAAAACAGGCCAGUGUGUGGUGUUCAACGAGACCCACAGGACCUGUGAGAUCCAGGGCUGGUGCCCAGUGGAGAGUGGCACUGUGCCCACGCAGCCCCUGCUGGUCCAGGCAGAGAACUUCACGCUGUUCAUCAAAAACACUGUCACUUUCAGCAAGUUCAACUUCUCCAAGUCCAAUGCCUUGGAGACCUUGGACAAUACCUACUUCAAACGCUGCCGAUACGAUCCCCUCUCCAGCCCCUACUGCCCAGUGUUCCGCAUUGGGGACCUCGUGGCUGCAGCUGGAGGGGACUUUGAGGACCUGGCAUUGCUGGGCGGUGCUGUAGGCAUCCGUGUCCUCUGGGACUGCGACCUGGACAUCAGGGGCUCUGACUGCCGACCUGACUACUCCUUCCAGCUGCAGGAGAGGAGCUACAACUUCAGGACAGGCACUCACUGGUGGGAAGCCUCAGGCGUGGAGGCCCGGAGUCUGCUUAAGCUCUACGGGAUUCGCUUCGACAUCCUAGUUGCUGGGCGGGCAGGGAAGUUCGGGCUCAUCCCCACGGCCAUCACUUUGGGCACUGGAGCAGCUUGGCUGGGCGUGAUCACCUUCUUCUGUGACCUGCUGCUGCUGUACGUGGAUGGAGAAGCCAGUUUCUACUGGACGACCAAGUAUGAGGAGGCAGAGGCCCCGAAGGUGACCGCCAACCCUGAGCAGACAGACCUAGCCCUGCACCCCCGAACCUGGCUGCCCAGGUGCCUUAGAGGGCGCCCAGCACCUGCCCCCAUGGCUACUGCUGCUGCUGGGAGCCAGACACUGAGGCCAGGGUGGCCCUGCCCAGGCUCUGGCCCCCACUUGCUUGCCCGUUCUUGAGGCCUGUAACCAUUCCCCGUGGCUGGGAAGGGUCAGACCCCACCUUGGAGACCUCAAGGAUGAAGUCCCAGCAGAACCACCCUUAGGGGUUGGGGAGAAUAAUACCUUCAACUCCCAGGCCGACUGUCCUUCAGCCUUGGCUCCAGCCUUGGCAGAGCGCUGCCUGGGGAGGGACAGAAGCCAGUUUUCCACAGAGAUCUGCAGCGGAACAGAAGCCACGAAGGAGGAGAGAACCCUGGGCCUAUGUUUGGAGAGUUCUCUCCCUAACUCCACCCCCCAUGCUCCUAGCAGUGGCCUGCUCACCAGCUGUCAGCACUGUCCCUCUCACUGACCGUAGCCAACCCCAUCCCUGCCUGGCUUCCAGCCCUCCUCCCCAGGCCAGCCCCCACCUUGUAGAAAGAGCCCCCACCCCCUCAGCUGUGCUGCACUGGGGGCCACAUGGCCGGAGUCCACAGCACGGUACAAGGAAGCCUGACAAGAGGCGCUGCCUCAGCUGCUCUGGUGCUGGGUUGCAGGGGGCAAGUCCCCCUGGACUUGGGCCGCUCCCAUAGGAAGGGAGCGGGGUGGGCAGACGAUCCCACCAGGCACCCCGGGCAAGGGCACAGGCACCUCUUGGGCCCACACCUGCUCAGCUUAUGGUCAUCGGGGUCUUUGUGACCUUCUAUAUGCCUCCUUGGUGACUGUCCCAAGACCAGCCCCCUGGAACCUGCUUUCUGGACAUCCUGGGAGCCAUGGGGGUGGGCAGAAUGUAUAUCUGAGACCCAGUCCUGUCCACUGCCACACCUAGAAACCUGUCUGGACAGCUGCAGGCAGGAGGCCUUAUCUAUGACCAUAGAUGAAGCCCAUUGGCUGAAGGAGUGUCCCUACUAAGGACACGGCGCCCUCAGCAGGCUGGCCUGGUUUUGGCUCUGGAAUCCUUUGGGGCUCUGUGUCCUGCCUGCUGGAGAAUUUCCCCAGGUCUGAGAGAUCCGUGGUCAGGAGGGGAGGGGUGGGGACUAAAGGAGUCAAACCCUCUCUUAGUCCCGGGGCAGGGAUGUGGGAGCACUCAUUCCAGAGAGGCGAGAGCUGCUUCCUCAUGGGUCCUGGUGAUCGGGGGCAAGCUGGCAACUUGCCAAUGGAGCGAUGUGGGUCAUUUGGGUAAGGCUGGGGUGGGGCUCGGGCUGGGUGAGUAUCUGGAAUCAUCUGGGGCCUGAGCAGAACUGUGGGCCCCUGCUGCCUCUCAGUCCCCAGAGAAGUGUGUAUGAGGAGGCAGGUUCGGAGGGGCCAGGGAAGAACACGGCCAUGAGGCCUGGUUGUUGGAGCAGGGUCUCAUGCACCUGGUUCUCCUCAGGGCCCAGACAAAGCUGAAAACAUGACUGCAGGAAGUCAAGGAGUAAAGCUUGCCAA